UGUAUAUAGUCUGUGACUGUAGUAAGAAACUUAAUCUAAUGCAUUCUCAGUUUUCACCACCUUCAAUUCUCAUCACACAGUAAGCAUGGUCAAGUAAACGUUUAGAUCUGCAGUUCUUCUGUUUGUGGGCUAUUUCUACAACAGCAGGGCACUGACAAGGAACAGACUACACAAAUUAAGGAGCUCUGAAUACUUUCCUCACCAAAGUGACAGGUUACAGGACCAGAAACUGAAGAUCCCUUUCUUUUUGAAGACUGCAUUACUACCUUGAUACAAUGCACCCUUCUAUGCUAUUUGUGGUUUGGAUAGGAGGCCUGCUUCUUGGUGUUAGCUCUCUGGAGGCUCCCUCAGCCAGCUCCAACCCACCACAAACAAUGAACUCAGAACAAGCCCAUUCCAUUGUACAACUGGACACCAACCAAAUUAGUGAAUCUGCAAACUUAUCAGAUGACGAUGUUGGAAACCAGUCAUUUCCACCAAGACCACCGUUAUCUCCACCGUGCGUCACUCGGUCGAAAAUCAGACAUGCCUUCAAAUAUGUCACCACUAUUCUCUCGUUUGUCAUAUUUCUUGUCGGGAUUGUAGGAAAUACUACGCUUCUCAAAAUAAUAUACAAGAAUAAAUGCAUGAGAAAUGGACCUAAUGUUCUGAUCGCCAGCUUGGCUUUGGGCGACCUGUUCUACAUUAUUAUUGCAAUUCCUAUCAAUAUUUACAAGUUACUGGCUGCAAACUGGCCAUUUGGAGAACAUGUCUGCAAGUUGUUCCCAUUUAUACAAAAAGCGACUGUUGGUGUCACAGUACUGAGUCUUUGCGCACUGAGUAUAGACAGGUACCGAGCUGUGGCAUCCUGGAAUCGGAUACAGGGUAUUGGAAUCCCAGUAUGGAAGGCUAUUGAGUUAACUCUGAUUUGGGCUGUGGCCAUCACUCUUGCUGUACCAGAAGCCAUUGCCUUUAACCUGGUCAAACUAGAGGACAGAGGACAAAUCAUGUGGGUCUGCAUGAUGCCUUUAAAGCAGUCAUCUUACUUUAUGACGUUAUAUCAAGAAGUGAAGGUAUGGUGGCUGUUUGGGUUUUACUUUUGCCUGCCCCUGGCCUGCACAGGAGUAUUCUAUACCAUGAUGUCUUGUGAGAUGCUGAAUAUGAAAAACGGCAUGCGGAUUGCCCUGAAUGACCACAUGAAACAGCGAAGGGAAGUUGCAAAGACUGUUUUCUGUCUGGUGGUAAUAUUCGCCCUCUGCUGGCUUCCCCUUCAUGUGAGCAGCAUAUUGAAAAAAACUGUGUAUGAUGGCACCGAUCCAAACAGAUGUGAACUACUUAGCUUCUUUCUAGUCAUGAACUACAUUGGAAUCAAUAUGGCCUCUCUGAAUUCCUGUAUAAACCCAGUGGCUCUCUACUUUGUCAGCAGGAAGUUCAAGAACUGCUUCCGGUCCUGCCUCUGCUGCUGGUGUCACAGGCCAAAUAUUACAAUCACUCCAAUGGAUGAAAAAGGUUCUGCGGGAAAAUGGAAAUCCAAUGGCCAUGACCUAGUCCUGGACAGAAGCAGUUCACGCCUUACAAACAAGUACAGCUCUUCUUGAAGGUUGAAAAUGAGCCAUAGAACAGGCUUGAAAAAGGACACGACCUUGAUUUUAACCUUAUUUUAAUUGUACAAAGGUGUAGCAGCCAAUCAGAAUACUCCCCAAGUCUCCGGCAAUUACGUUUUAGGAAAUCUAUUCUCCAUUUAUCUUUGUACGAAAAUAGCACAAUUAGGGGAAGGAUUCCUUAGCUGCUGUAAAUAGAGAUAUCACACACUAUAAAGAACCUUAGGUUUCAACAGCCACUACCUUUAAAUCCCUUUUGGAACAUCACAAAUCCCUGUACCUGAACUUUUCUAUUGGUGUUUACAUAAAACUAAGCUCACCCAUGAUCUUUUUUUAACACUGCCACAAACCGUUGAUUGUAGAGUAUUUUUAUUUGCAUAUACAAGACACUGAGAAUAGG